AAGCUGUUGUGGGAAAGAUAAAACUCACACCACCAAGCAACUCCUUGGUAUAUCAUUUACAUUUGUAAAGAACUAAAACACAAUGGGUUCUUUAGGGAAAAAAGAGAACAAACCUCAUGUUGUGUGUGUUCCAUUUCCAGCACAAGGUCACAUAAAUCCAAUGCUCAAACUUGCAAAACUUCUUCAUUUCAAAAGUGAUUUUCAUGUCACCUUUGUUAACACUGAAUACAAUCACAAACGUCUUCUUAAAGCUAGAGGUCCUAAUUCUCUCAAUGGUCUACCCUCUUUUCGUUUUGAAACCAUUCCUGAUGGUCUACCUGAGUCUGACUUGGAUUCAACACAGGAUAUUCCUUCCUUGUGUGAGUCCACUAGUAAAACUUGCCUACCUCACUUUAAGAAACUUAUAUCAAAACUUAAUAAUGCUAUAGACACCCCUCCUGUUACUUGCAUUAUUGGUGAUGGUGUUAUGAGUUUUACUAUAGAUGCUGCUGAAGAACUUAACAUACCUGCUGUGCUUUUUUGGACCACUAGUGCUUGUGGCUUCAUGUGUUACAUGCAGUUUCGUCAGUUAAUUGAAAAGGGCUUAACACCACUCAAAGAUUCAAGUUAUUUAACAAAUGGGUAUUUGGAGACUACAAUUGAUUGGGUACCAGGCAUAAAAGAAAUCAGACUAAGAGACAUCCCAACUUUCAUUAGAACCACAGAUCCAAAUGAUAUUGUGCUAAAUUUUGCAUUAGGUGAAUGUCAAAGAGCUCUAAAAGCUUCAGCAAUAAUUUUAAACACAUUUGAUGCAUUAGAACACAACGUUUUAGAAGCAUUCUCAUCCAUUGAUAAUUUACCUCCAGUUUAUUCAAUUGGUCCAAUAAAUUUUCUCUUAAAAAAUGUGACUGAUGAAGAAUUGAACUCUAUUGGAUCCAACCUAUGGAAAGAUGAGACAGAUUGUUUAGAAUGGCUAGCAAGCAAAGAACCUAAUAGUGUUGUUUAUGUCAAUUUUGGAAGUAUCACUGUUAUGACAAAUGAUCAAUUAGUUGAAUUUGCAUGGGGACUUGCUAAUAGUAAAAAAACAUUUUUGUGGGUAAUAAGACCAGAUCUUGUGAGUGGUAAAAAUGCUGUUUUACCUCAAGAGUUUUUGGAAGAGACCAAAAAUAGAGGUUUAUUAUCAAGUUGGUGUCCACAAGAGGAAGUUUUAGGUCAUUCAUCAAUUGGAGGGUUUUUGACACAUAGUGGUUGGAAUUCAACGUUAGAAAGUGUUUGUGGUGGUGUUCCAAUGAUAUGUUGGCCUUUUUUUGCUGAACAACAAACUAAUUGUAGAUUUUGUUGUAAUGAAUGGGGGAUUGGUUUGGAAAUUGAAGAUGCUAAGAGGGAUAAAAUUGAGAUUCUUGUGAAGGAGUUAAUGGAAGGAGAAAAGGGUAAAGAAAUGAAAGAGAAAGCUUUGAGGUUGAAAGAAUUGGCACAUGAUAAUGCUUAUGGGGCAUUUGGAUCUUCAUUGGUGAAUUUGGACAACAUGAUUCAUCACGUGCUAUUAUUGUCAUAAAUUUCCAAAAUGUUACUUUCGUAGUGUGUUGUUAUGUGUCUAUGUGGGUUCUAUUCUAUUAAUUCUAUUGGUAUGGAUAUAUAUGGAUGCUUCUAGGUGGGAAGGGUUCUUGUUUGUUGUUUAAGUUUAAUGCAAAUAAACUUUAUGAUAUGCAUUGUUGUAUUAAAUUGAUCACAUUGGUGAGAUAUAAUUAAUAAAUUAUCUUAUUUAUUAUAAAA